CCUCAACAUGGCGUGAACAUAUGUCUGGCAAUGUGUAGAUAGCUACUGUUAAAAAAUGUUAAGCUGUAUUGACUGGUAAUGCUUCUAUCAUGUCGACUGUACAGGGAACUACCAAAACUGACGAAACCGCCGUUGGUGCUCAAAUCUUCUAUGGACUCUCCCCUCAGUUCUGGCGGCGGUAUAGGCGCCCAGGUGCAGUACCUGGAAGAAUGCUGUUGCAAUAACGACAUCUGAAUGUUCCUUAAAUCGC